AUGAGUGCCAGUAGUAGUAGUAGUAGUAGUAGUAAACCAAGAUAUAUGGAAAAAUAUAAUCGGCAAAAACUAAUCGGCACGGGUGCCUUUGGCCAAGCAUGGCUUGUUCAAUCUAAAGUCGAUGGAAGACAAUUAGUAAUGAAGGAAAUAAAAAUUGCUAAAAUGAGUAACAAAGAACGUGAUGAUGCAAGAAAAGAGGUUGAUGUUCUCGCUAAAAUGCAACAUCCAUAUAUUGUAUUCUAUUUGGAAUCAUUUGAAGAUGCAACAAGUUUAUAUAUUCUAAUGGACUACUGUGAUGGUGGUGAUUUACAUUCACGGAUAAAAGCGCAACGCGGCAUUUUAUUUAAUGAAGAUCAAAUACUUGAUUGGUUUGUUCAAAUAACAUUAGCGCUGAAGCAUGUACAUGAUCGAAAAGUGCUUCAUCGUGAUAUUAAAUCUCAAAAUGUUUUCCUCACAAGCGAUGGUACAGCAAAACUAGGUGAUUUUGGCAUUUCUAAAGUUUUAAAUACAACAUGUGAAUUAGCUCGUACACAGAUUGGCACACCUUAUUAUUUAUCACCUGAAAUAUGCCAACAAAAACCAUACAAUAAUAAAUCUGAUGUAUGGAGUCUUGGAUGUGUUCUGUAUGAAAUGGCAACACUUAAACAUGCUUUCGAUGCUGACAAUAUGCAUGGUCUCAUAAUGAGAAUUGUUCGUGGAUCAUUUAAUCCAAUUCCACCGAAAUAUAGUGGUGAUUUACGAAUUUUAAUAGCAUCUAUGCUGCGACGUGAGCCACGCGAACGUCCAGCUCUUACCACUAUUUUAAGAAAACCAUUUAUAAGUCGACGCGCUGCAAAAUACGCACCAGAAGAACCACAUAAAGAAGAUCUCAAUCAAACUGUUAUACAAAAUAAUAAAGCUUCUGUGGAUCUUGGGCGUUCAAAUGCAAAUCGGCCAUCAUCACCUCGUGUAGUCCUAGUCCCAAAACCAGUCGAACUGGCUCGGCCAACAUCUGCACAACGUGCUUCAGUUGUACGAAAACCUUUCCCUCGAGAACCUAUUAGAGUCGCACAAGGUCCAUCGAUUGUUAAACGUCCAGUUUCAGCUUCUCAUGGUGACAAUCGAAUGUCAAAAGAAAAACAAUCAAUUGAUGCCCAACGACGAGUGAUUGCAUCUGUUGAUAAAGAAAAUGAGCUAGAUAGACGUCGUAGAGAAAUUAACAAACAAAAAGAAACACGAGAAAAACAAAUUAAAGAACAAGCUGAAAAUCUGGCGAAAAAACAACAAGAAUUCAUAGAAAAACAGCGACGAGCAAACAUACAACGAGACCGAGAAUUUUAUCGAUCAGAAUUAACCAAGAGUUUACCGGAAGCCUCCGACGAUAAAAGUCAACGUCGAACACCGCCUGUAUUUUUGCCUCAUAAAAUGAACCAAAUAUCUAAUCCAUCAUCAACCAGAGAGCCAGUUAUUGCAUCGCCGAACCAAAAAAUAGAAAAAAACGGUAAUAAUCAUCAAUACCACGAACAAUUAGAUCGAUUAAAACAAAAAUUAGCUGAUGAUGAAAAGAAAAUGGACGAAUGGAAUAAAAUUAAUCAAAUACAAAAACCUAAUCCUCCUGUCGAAGUUAUAAGAAAACCAGUUGUUGUUCAUCAUAACUUCCACCCAAUAGAAAUUGGAAAGAUUAAUCGACCAAAAAUAGUAGGAAAUAAACGACAAGUUCAAUUGAAUACACCUCGUGUGAAAAAGAAAGAUGGUAUUGCUGUUUUAUUAAAUCGAAAUCUUGAAGAAAUUCGUCAAAAAAAUCUUUUACAUAAGCGAGAAUUUGUAAGACGACCAUUAAUCAAUAAACCAAAAGAUUGUUUUCAAAUUAGAAAACGAUGUCGUUCAAGAAAACAUGAAAAAGAAAAGAAAGUUCAAGAAGUUUAUAAAAAAAUCGAACCCGCUGAUAAUAAUCUUACAGAUCUAUUAAAUAAUAUUGGUGCUCAUCCGAUAAGUUCUGAACCCACUAGAACAAAUGUUCAGGAAGCUUGGGAACAAGAUAAUGAACUACCAAAACCACGUUCAUUGUGGAAUGAACAACCACACGUAGAUUCGACAGUUCUCAAUCGUUUUACACCAUUGGAAAAUUCAUCUGUUUCAAAUGCACUUGAUCUAAUGACUCAAGGACAACCUAUGAAUACUGUCACGGAAUCAAAAUCUAAUCGACCACAUUGGUCAAAUGCCGCACGAGGAAACAUUAUUAGUGUACUCGAACGUGCUCUUACACAAGAUCAUACUAUGUCCAGUACAUCUGGUUCAGCAGAGAAUACUCAAACAUUCGAUAUUACUUUAACAAGUUUAGCACAUCGAGUUGAUCCCGAUAAAAAACAUGAAACUUGUGCUAUAUCGAAUAAAGAUGAAUCUAAAAAUUCAACAAGCAUUAUACCCGAUAAGUCUAUCAUAGCUGAUCUUCGUGUUGAAGAUUAUGAUUUAACAUUAACUAUUCAAACAAAGCACGAUGAUCCAAAAGAACCCUCAACACCAUCGGACGAUUUUGAUCUACUUGAAGGUUUAACUACUGGCCGUUUUGAUGCAAGAAAUAAACUUUUUCUACGAACUAUUUCUAAUCCUGAAUUACAUACAAUCGAUGAACUUCCAGAAGAAUCAACCAUAGAAUCAUUGAAAGCCACUCGAAGUUUAUCGGAAUUGAAUAUAACAAAUACAAUCAUCGAAUCAACACAAAAAUAUUUGUUUUCAUGUAUAAAUAUGCGAAGUACAAGUGACAGUAAUCUAGCGUCGAAUAAUACAAAUUUUGAACAUGAUGACAACGAUGAUAAGCAAAUAUUAACAUCACAAAAUGGUUUACAUGAUGUGGAAAAGAAACUCAGACAUACAACAAGUGAAUCAGAUAUGAAAUCAAACGGUGAUAACGAUGAUGAUGAUGUUUGGUGUAAUCCAGAAGAUGAAAAUAAUCUUGAAUAUCGUAUCAAAGCUGAUCAAGAACGAGUAGAACAAUUAAAAGAAAUUCUUGGUGAUGAAAUCUUACGAAAAAUUCUUGCAGCACUCAAAAAAAACGAAAACGAUAUUGAUGCUUUGAAGAAUAUUCUACCAGAAAAUAAACAUUAUUUAUUGGAUUCUGAUGUUUUAUUAAUAUUAACUAUGAUAAAUACACGAUCAAAUAUAACCAUGACUAAAUCUUUGGUCAUCUGGUUUUUCUUCGCUAUAAUUGCUGCAUUUAUUGGAAAGUAUUUGGUAGAUUUGGGAUUAUUUCGACAGAUCGAAACAAAAGGACUCAAUAAAUGUCGAUUAAUGAUACCAUCGGGUGGAGAGGAUCUAGCUUUUGAAGAUUUGGUAAUUGAUUAUGGAAAGAGUAUUGCUUAUUUGGCUGGUGAUUAUCGUGCUUUAUGGCUUAAUUCGUAUAAUUUAUCCGAUGCAAAAGACAAAAAACGUGGAAAAAUCUACAUGUUUGAUAUAGAAGCAGAAACAUUUAAGGAAUUACAUUUAAAAAAUUAUCCAUUCGAACAUUUUCAUCCGCUAGGAGUGAAUCUAUUAAAAGGAAAAAAUGAUCGAUUAUAUAUGACAAAUUAUCGAAUGAAUAAUGGAGAAAUUAUAGGAUCUGUAGAAAUUUUUGAAAUUGAUUCAUCAAAUGGCGAUCAAAUCAAGUGGAUUGAUUCAGUUGUUAAUCCUCUUUUUACGGCACCUGACGAUGUAUUAGUAAUCGACGAGAACGCAUUCUAUCUCACAAAUGUUUAUCAUCAUACAAAAGAUAAAUCAGUCUUAAUGCAUACUUUCGAAGUUUUUACCAAACGCCCUUGGACUGAUUUAUUAUUAUGUUCAAAAACAAAUCGAUGGAAAUGUUCUGUGAUUGUUGAUUCUAUUAUUUUGGCCAAUGGUAUUGCUAGUUCAUUAGAUCGUAAGACAAUAUAUGUAGCUUCAAGUAUAGAAAAAAGAGUUCGUGUGUAUCAACGUCAUGCAGAAAAUAAUUCAUUAACUUACACACAAAGUCUUUAUGCACCAUUUUUAGUAGAUAAUAUUAAUGUUGAUUCAUAUGAUCAACUUAGUGUUGCCGGUCAUCCAAAGGCAAUUGAAUUCUUUCUGCACGUAGCAAAUCCGAGCAAAUAUCAUGCGCCUUGUGAAGUUAUACUUUUCCGUAAUCCGAAAUCAAGUUCAACAUAUGAAACUCUAUUACUUACACGUGGUGAACUGCUGUCAGCAUCAACUAUCGGUGCAUUAUAUGAGAAACAUCUUCUUGUCGGUGGCUUAUUAGAUCCUGGAAUUUUAUUAUGUCACGACAUCUUCUAA